AUGGUGAAGUUUCUUAAGCCGAACAAGGCCGUGAUCGUCCUCCAGGGCCGAUACGCCGGCAAGAAGGCGGUGAUCGUGAAGUCGUUCGACGAUGGCACCCGUGACCGCGCCUACGGCCACUGCCUGGUCGCAGGGAUCAAGAAGUACCCGGCGAAGGUGGUGAGGAAGGAUUCGGCCAAGAAGACGGCGAAGAAGUCCCGCGUCAAGUGCUUCGUCAAGCUCGUCAACUACAGGCACCUGAUGCCGACUCGCUACACGCUGGACGUCGAUUUGAAGGACAUCGUCACACCCGAUGUGUUGCAGACCAGGGACAAGAAGAUCGCCGCAGCCAAGGAGACCAAGGCGAGGUUCGAGGAGAGGUUCAAGUCCGGCAAGAACAGGUGGUUCUUCACCAAGCUCAGGUUCUAG